AUGGCUUCUAGCUAUUGGAAAGAAGUAGAGACAAAUCUUCUAACAGUUGGAGCAAAUCAUGGAGGAUAUCUCCCAGCCGUAUUGAUCAGAGAAUUGGUGUAUACAGACUCAAUCUCCAAACAAACAGUUAUAUGGGUUGCUAACAGAGAAAACCAGCUUGCUAAAAAUUCUCAUGGAGUUUUUGGGCUCGGUGAUGAUGGCAAUAUUGUGCUUUUACAUGGAGGGAAAAAAGUUAUUUGGUCAUCAAAUGCAACAAUUGCGAAAUUGGCCAUGAACUCCACAGUUACAGUGCUGUUAGAUACUGGAAAUCUCGUUCUCAGACAUGGUGAGACAGGCACUGUAUUAGGGCAGAGUUUCGAUUAUCCAGCUGAUACUCUCAUUCCUGGCAUGAAACUUAGCUUGAAUAGGAAAACUGGCCAGCAAAGCCUUCUGUACUCGUGGGCCAACAAUGCAAAUCCUCGACCAGGAAUGUUCUCCAGAGGUAUAGAUCCUGAAGGGUGUCCACAGAUUUUCAUUUGGAAGCAACAUCAUCCCUUUUGGAAAAGUACUGUAUACGACUAUAGUUUGGUUUAUAUAGAUCACAUAUAUCAAGGGUUUGGCUCCUUUUUAACUUUCAUCAAAGAAAGUGAUGAAAUUUAUCUCACUUGCAGUGUCUCAGAAAACUUGCUUAAAGUAAGAGUCACUUUAACUCCUACUGGGCAAGCUCAGCUGCUGUUUUGGGCACAAAGUAGCAAUUCAUGGGUAGUAGUAUGGCAGGCUCCAGUAGUUGAAUGUGAUUUUUAUGGGUAUUGUGGUCCAUUUAGUAGCUGUGAGCAAAAUGGAUCACAUCCAUUUUGCAGUUGUUUGGAGGGUUUUGAGCCCAAAGAUCAGAAAGAAUGGAAUCUUGGAAAUCGGACAGGAGGCUGUGCCAGGAAGAUGGAAUUGACAUGUGAUAAGGGAGAUUGA